AUGUCCCUCUCUCUCCAGCAUAUUGAUGCUUGCCUCCCGGUAACAGCAUUGAAGGCGUUUGGCUGGGAUGAUAAGAGAUUCGUCUUCGAAGGCCAGGGCUCUUUCUUCCGCGUUAUUAACGAUGCCAGUGGUGUCGUUUCUGCGCAAAUCCAGGCAUUCAAAAGAAACAAUGUUCAUGGUUUUAUUACUCUGAACCAACGGCCACAGGACCAUGGCACAGGUCGUGUUCAAAUCAUCGUCUGGGGUGGAAGCUCAGUACGGGCCAUUGAUCUUCUCAUGGGACCUGGCGCUGAAGUGUCCCUGUCGAUAUCCAGUGCCGAGUUCCUUGCCCCGGACUGGAUCAUGAGCGGAUGUGCAUCUGCUGAAAAUGGUCACCAUGGAGCAUUCAUGAUCACUGCAAACAACGCAAUUAUUGGAUUGGAGCUGCUCGACUGUGGAAACUCGGCAAGGGAGACAGUCAUCUCCAUACACCAGCUGGCGACGAGUGUGAAGUCAAUCCUUUACUCUGCCCAUGUGAUUGCUCUCUCUCCUUCUCACGUUCUCAUGGCUUCCGGGACUGUCUUUGGAGAAAUUAUUGUAUGGUCGUGCUUCUUAAAUGGCAGUGAGACGCGCCAGGCCAAUGCCGUUGCUUCCAUCCACCAUUUCUUCACAGGGCAUGACGGCUCGAUCUUUGACGUUCGAAUCUCUCCUAAAAUUGCAUCCUUGAACGCAGGGCAAUCUGGUCGACUUCUCGCCAGCUGCAGUGAUGAUAGAACCGUGAGAAUCUGGGAUAUCUCAGAUUGUGAGCGGAAAACCGCCCAAGAUCCUUCUGCAUACUCUACAGACGGAUAUGACCUGCGAAGCACAGGUUUUGGUCCCGUUGAAGAAGGCGAGCAAGGUGUUGGAUCCGAGUCAUGUGUGGUCCAGGCAUUUGGGCACAUAGCCCGCAUUUGGGGCGUUCAUUUCAGAUCCAUUCAACAUGAUGAUCAAACCGGAAUGGGGCUCGUGUCUCGUGGUGAAGAUUCUACAUGCAUUAUGUGGAACCUCAGCUGGCAAUCAACAUCCGCAGGACCAACACAAUAUCAGCUCAAUCAGGCCUCUUCGUUGCAUCCUCAUUAUGGAAAGCAUAUUUGGUCCCUGGAUCUUUGCAGAAUUGGCUCUGAAACUAUUGUUUACACCGGAGGUGCCGAUGGUGCAUUGAAAAGUUUUGCCAUUGAAGAGAACGACGAUCUAUUCCGGGGAAAUAAGAGGCCUACUCUAGAGAAACCUUCUGCUUUGCGAAAGAAACCCCACAAAAGUGAGGGACUGAAAGCAUCCGCAUUUGUCUCACACGACUGCCUUCUUGGCUCUUCUGCACAAGGUCAAAUCCAGCUUGGAUAUUUGAAUGGCACAGAGACGCAUAUUACUUGGAAAGAGCUAUGCAUCGAACCUGAGCUUGGUUCUUGGGUGUUGAUAGCUAGUGAGCCUCGGAAAGGCCUAGCAUUGAUCAGCAAUGCCAGAGGACUGAUUCGAUUGUACAAUCACAGUACGAAGUCGAUUGUUAAAAUCACAGAACUUGGCACACGACCUCUUAAUCUAUUCUUCCUUGAAGCUCACUCAACAGAGAUCGAAACCUCAUCGAAGGGGUUUAUGUUCUUGGUCUGUUAUACGGCAGAAGAGAAGAUAACGCUUGUCACGGUCUCCGAUAGGAACAGUGAUUCUCCCAAUGUUGAAACAUCUACGAUCGGCGUGCCACCUUCCUUCGUGGCGGCGAGUGCAGCUUUAGUCUUUAAUGGUCAAUACUUGGCCGUCGGCUCCAAAGGCGGCGGACUUGGCAUAUUCGAAACUUUUAAUGUUGACGAAGGCUCACGACCAGUCUUGCUUGAUCGGCGUGUUCAUGGCAAGGAGUUCGUCAAUCACCUUAGCCUGAUAUCAUCCAUUGCUGGAGAGAAUGGCUCAAUAUUUGAAUACUUAUUAAGCUGCGGCCGUGAUGGGACCUAUUGCGUUCACGAACUCAAGCUGUGCAAAGACAGACAAGACGCAGUUUCAAUGCAAAUAGUGCAUCGUACAGCGUCUCUGGUUGGGGGUAACAUCGAAGGCGGCUAUUUCGAUAAAACGACCGGCCAAUUCAUGUUGUACGGCUUCAGAUCUCAAGACUUCGUUCUCCGCAAUGAGUCCAAGUUGACAGAUGUCGUAUCAAUCGCUUCUGGUGGGUUUCGCCGGGCCUGGGCUUUCCACCCAGGAACCAAGGAGAGCGAUGCUUUGUUCACAUGGAGAGACCAAGGAGCUUUGCAGACGACUCGUAUACGCCAUGACGCUCGCUGCUUGUUGAGAGCUGGGGCUCAUGGGCGAGAACUCAAAUCUGUCGAUGUUUUCAACCCUAUCGGGGAAGAUCAGCCUCUGCUUGCCACAGGCGCUGAAGACACUACCGUCCGUCUCUUUAGAUCGGCCCCUUCAAGGACUGCUAGUUCGAUGACUGCCUUUGAGUGCCUGCGUGUCUUGGAUGCACACAGAUCUGGUAUUCAACAAGUGAGCUGGUCCAAGGAUGGAAGGUAUCUGUUUACCAGUGCUGCAUAUGAAGAGUUUUUUGUCUGGAGGAUCAGCGAAGUUCCCUCGUUUGGCAUCGCCACAAAGUUGAUUGCGGCCAGCCCUAAAGAUGAUGCAAACUCAGAUCUCCGGAUUCCCAGUUUUGAUAUACUGGAAGUAGAAGACCAUGACGGGGAGCAGAGCUUCCUUGUGUGUCUUGCUCUAGCGAACUCCACUCUCAAGAUCUUCCACUUUUCGCCAUCUGACGAGGGGAAGUUCACUCUUCUGGCUUCCGGCCGAUACACGACCAACUGUUUGACCCAAGCGCACUUUCUGGUGAAAACCUCGUCCGUGAGCCUUAUCAGUGCAGCCACUGAUGGCCACUUCACGUUCUGGGAUUUGACCAGCACACUCAACCCAUUCUACACAAUCACCCAUUCAACUUUGAAGGCCAAAAAGCCCUUUGAUGGCUCAUCUUUCUCGCCAGAAAACAUCACAUGCGAGAGCCGAUAUUUGAUUCAUUCCAACAGCAUCAAGUCGCUGGAACUACUACCCAUUUCCGACACAAACACUGUUAUUGUGGCUGGAGGCGAUGACAAUUCUAUUUCUAUCUCUCUUCUCACGACGCCGUCUGAUCCAAGCCCUAGUGCGCAGGUCACUACGGUGUCCAUUCCGAUGCACAUGCAGCGGCAGUGA